CCCAUUCCGCGAAACCCGCACGGGAGUUUUUAGGGUUUUUUCCCGCACGCCACCUCCGCCCACACGCACAAACCGCAGCCUCAUUCCGCUCGGCAUUCCUCUCCGCGCCUCGUCUCGCCGCGGCCCGGCUCUCUCCCCUGCCGCAACGAUGCGGUCGCCCCCGCCGUGGCGGCCCUGCCUCCUCCAUUUCGCGCUACCCCUGCUUGUGCUCCUCGCGACGCUGGCGGCGCGGGCAGGGGCCGACCUGGCGGACGAUGCGCGGGCGCUACUGGCGUUCCGGGACGCCGUCGGGCGGCACCUGGCGUGGAACGGCACGGACCUCGGGGGCGCGUGCUCCUGGACUGGGGUCACCUGCGAGGGCGGCCGUGUGGCGGUGCUGCGGCUCCCCGGGGCGGCGCUCUCCGGCGAGGUCCCCGUGGGGACGCUCGGGAACCUGACGGCGCUCCACACGCUCAGCCUCCGUCUCAACGCGCUCUCCGGCGCGCUCCCGGCCGACCUCGCCUCCGCGGCCGCUCUCAGGAACGUCUUCCUUAACGGGAACAGGCUGUCGGGCGAGUUCCCGCAGGCGAUUCUCGCGCUCCCGGGGCUCGUUAGGCUCGCGCUCGACGGGAACGACCUGUCGGGGCCCAUCCCGGCGGCGCUCGGCAACCUCACGCACCUCAAGUCCCUGCUCCUCGAGAAUAAUCGCUUUGUGGGCGAGAUUCCGGAGAUUAAGCUGCCGCAGCUGCAGCAGUUCAAUGUGUCGUUCAACCAGCUGAACGGAUCCAUCCCGUCUGGACUACGGUCCAUGCCGCGCUCGGCGUUCCUGGGGACGGGCUUGUGCGGUGGGCCCUUGGGGCCUUGCCCUGGUGAAGCUUCGCCUUCCCCUGCUCCGGCGGGGCAGCCGUCGUCGCCGACGCCUGUGCCAAGCGGGGGCGGCAAAGGUGGAAAUGGUGGAGCAAGUGGUAACAAGAGCAAGAAGCUCUCUGGCGGUGCCAUUGCCGGAAUCGCCAUAGGCUCCGCCUUGGGAGCCGCUCUUCUCCUCUUCCUCCUUGUCUGCCUCUGUCGCAGGUCGGGCCGCACCAAGACCCGGUCUCUGGAGAUGCCGCCUCCUUCUCCGACAACUGCCGCUGUUGCUGGUGGCCGGAAACCUCCCGAGAUGAUCAGUGGCGCGGCCGUAGCGCCGUUGACCACUAUAGGCCACACUAAUGCUCCUGUUGGCCAGUCGACGUCCGGGAAGAAGCUGAUUUUCUUUGGGUCAGUGGCCGCCGUGGCACCGUUCGACCUGGAGGACCUGCUGCGCGCGUCGGCUGAGGUGCUCGGAAAAGGAGCGAUUGGAACGACAUACAAGGCAGUUCUUGAGUCUGGGGCAACUGUGGCGGUGAAGCGGCUCAAGGACGUGACUCUAUCGGAGCCUGAGUUCCGUGAACGCAUUGCUGAGAUUGGUGAGCUUCAGCACGAGUUCAUCGUGUCGCUCCGUGCCUACUACUACAGCAAAGAUGAGAAGCUACUUGUAUACGACUUCAUGCCCACGGGCAGCCUCUCUGCAGUCCUGCACGGGAACAGAGGUUCUGGCCGUACAAGUCUUGACUGGGUAACAAGAUCAAGCAUUGCCUUAGCUACAGCCCGUGGUGUUGAGUACAUCCACUCAACAAGCUCAGCGGCAUCCCACGGCAACAUCAAGUCAUCCAAUGUCCUUCUGGGCAAAUCAUAUCAAGCACGUGUAUCAGACAACGGCCUUACCACUCUUGUUGGUCCAUCAUCUGCACCAUCUCGCACAACUGGAUACCGUGCACCUGAGGUUACUGAUUCCCGGAGGGUAUCCCAGAAGGCAGACGUGUACAGCUUUGGUGUUCUUUUGCUUGAGCUGCUCACAGGCAAGGCGCCCAGUCAGGCUGCUCUCAACGAUGAGGGUGUUGACCUGCCGAGGUGGGUGCAGUCGGUUGUUCGCUCAGAGUGGACUUCAGAGGUGUUUGAUAUGGAGCUCCUGAGACAUCAGAAUGAUGAGGAACAGAUGGUUCAGCUUCUGCAGCUUGCUAUAGACUGUGUUGCACAAGUGCCAGAGGCCCGGCCAUCAAUGACGCAUGUUGUUACGCGGAUAGAGGAGAUCAAGAAGUCAAGCGCCGAAGCGAAAGAUCUGCAGCAGAUGGCCUCCAAUAUCGAAGGAGGCGACAAUCUAUCUUCCAAGACCGAAUUGAUCGAGGCGCCCACCAAUCCCUUCGCUCCUUAAACUUGAUUGACAUGAAGGAGGAAUCGGCUUUAAGUCUAGCCUGCAUUCGAUUCAUACAUUUGAUGAAUCCAAUCGUCUACGGAGCAGACUGUUUUUCAUCUUUUAGCCUAUUGAAUUUGACGCCGUCGUUAACCUGAUUGUCGUUCAGUAGAACAGGGUGCUCGACACGCUGUGUUCUGCGGAAGGUGAUUGCUGGGUGUUUAGGGACCAGUGCUAAAGUGUGAUUGCUUAAUUGUUGUGCUCAUUCGAGCCUUGAUUAGGUUGGUUUUAGCUUGUACCUGCUUUGUUUCAGCCUAUCUAUAUGUAAUUACUCAGCCUCAUCUAGUGUUUGGAAUUUUUUCGCCGAUA